CGGGGCGAUGCUGCCGCCGGCGGGGGUGCGGGAGCGCGUCCGGGCGGUGCACGGCGGCGCGGCGCUGCCCGAGCUGCUGCGGCGGUACGACGGCUGGGCCGGCCGCUACGAGCAGGAUGUGGCCGCGCUGGAGUACCGGGCGCCGCACCUGGCCGCCGCCUCGCUCGCCUUCGCCUUCCCCGCGCCGCCCGCCGGGGCGCGGGUGCUGGACGUGGGCUGCGGCACCGGGCUCGUAGCGCGGGAGCUGCAGCGCCGCGGGUUCGGCUGCCUGCACGGCGUGGACGGCAGCGCGGGGAUGCUGGAGCGGGCGCGGGGCACGGGGCUGUACCGGCAGCUGCAGCGCUGCGUGCUGGGCCGGGAGCCGCUGCCCGGGCCCGCAGAGCACUACGACGCGGUGACGGUAGUGGGGGCCCUCAGCGAGGGGCAGGUGCCGUGCUCAGCGCUGCCGGAGCUGCUGCGUGUCACCAAGCCAGGUGAGGUGGCCCCAUGGGAUGUGGUCCCCAUGGGACGGGUACCCCGCCUGGGUACGGGUAUGGGCAGGCCGGGACGUGGCCUUGUCCCCACAGGCACGGGGUCACACGCUGGCGGCCCGGUCAGCUGGGUCCAAGCCAGGGGUCGGGGCAGUGGCACUCGUGGCCCGCUGCCACCCUCGGGUGACACGGCACAGCGGGGGCCCCGUCACCCCGUCCCCUGUCCGGGCAGGGGGCUUCCUGUGCCUGACCACCAGGAGCAACCUCUCGAACCUGCGCUACAAGGCGGAGCUGGAGGCAGCGCUGCAGCGGCUGGAGCAGCAGGGGGCCUGGCAGAAAGUCCUGGCCCAGGAGGUGGAGCGCUGGGAGAGGGCCACCGAGGAGGAGGAGAGCGUCCAGGGCACUGGCUACAUCUCCGGCGUGGUCUACAUCUAUCGCAAGUGCCCCGUCCCGCCUCUCGAGGAGGGCUGAGAGCUGAAACGGCGCCGGGGAAGGGGGCUGAGCCUGGUGCACUGCACGAUGUCACCCUGCAUGUCCCCUGCCCCGUGCAGCCAUGCCACCCCCUUCCCACACAGCAGCACUUUCAGAGCCUGAACUUCCCCAUUCCCUUCCCCAUCUCCUCCCCUCGGGUCUGAGCCCUGGGGACCUGCUCCUCAGCUCGGGGAGGGUCUCCAGGUUUCAUCGGGGUCUUCUGGGCACCCCCGUUAGCCCUGACAUUCAGGUGCCUUGGUCCUUGUCCUUGCUGUCCCAUCUCGCAGCUCUUUGUGACAUCUUGCAGCUCCAUCUGACUGGGCAGAGCCACCUCCUGUCUGGGCUGUCUCCUCCCCACCGUGCCCGCCUCCCACGUGGCCAUGGUCAAAAUCUGGAUCCUUCUUCAUCUUCCCUGCUCCAGACCCCAGGCCUCUGCCUGGGGACUGUUGCUGAUGGGUCCCCAUCACCACAUCCUGCUGUCCCCCUGUUCAUCCCCCCCCCAGGAGCUAACCCAGUGUGCCCCAAGGUGCCGGAGCCCCGUCUGAACCCGGAGCAGCUGUGCCAGCACAACGCCCAGCUGGAGAAGCUUUCCGAGCACCACAUCAGCCUUUCAUCCCUGCUUAAGCUCUCAUUUUCCUACAGCUUUGUAGUUAAUGGUCUGGGUGGGAAAUGAACCUGGAAGAGACCUCAGGAGUUGGUGGCUGCUCCCCACCCAGGAGCCGCCCUGGCAUCUCCUGCCCGUCCUGUUCCCCAAGCCCCUUGUGAUGGUGCCUCCACCCCUUCCUCCUCCAGUCCUUCCUUGGGAAGUUUUUUUACCCAAAUCUCUUGCUGGGAUCUUUCUUUCUUCCUUCCCCAGACCUGUUGCUGCUUGUCCCAUUCCCAUGGAUGUGGGGAUCGGGUGAUCUCCUUCCUCCCUGGAGCUCAGCCCCCUUGGGAGGUGGCAGCCCUGCGGUCUGCACUGGGCUCUGGUCGUAUCCAGCGCUCGGUGCCCAUCCCGGUGCAACCAAACUGGGGGCUAAGCCCUGUGAGCCCUCGCCCCUGUCCCAGGGCUUUGGGGACAGCCGAGCAUCCCGGGCUGGGUGCACUGAAUGUGUUUUGAGGACCGCAAUACCCGCUGUAAAAAUGGGCACUUGUCACCCCUCCUGGCUGGUCUGCAUUGCCCCCCCGUGUCCUGGUGUUGUGGUGCCCACCUCCCCUCUGUGUUACAGGCACUGUCCCUUUGUCCCCAGUGCUGCCCCGACGAAGGGGCCGUGGCUGCCCCCAUCCCAUGCUUGGCUGUCAAAUAAACCCUGCCUGUGCUGCAUA